CUCUCUAUUGCUUGUACUAGUGAGGGAGAGUGGCAGUGCGGGUGGCGAUGUGACGGAAAGUUGUCCUGGUUUUGGUCUCGGUGGAUAUAACCGGGAUACGGGACCUCCGACCUUGGCUUGCUCCAUAAUAGACAGAAAGUAUAGUUUCACCUCAGGUAGUCACUGAGUACCCCCAAAUGCCAGCUAUGAUAGAGAAGGGGGCAGAGGUCGCGAGUAAGAGGAGAGGAAGAAAUAACGCCACCAACACAAAAAGUUUAGGUCCUAACGGGAACGGCAGCAACUCCUGGGAAGAAGGAAGCUCGACCUCUUCUAGCGAGGACGAACACGGUGGAGGCGGCGGUAUGCGAGUGGGACUCCAGUACCAGGCUGUGGUGCCUGAAUACGACCAGGAUGUUGCAAAGACCGCUCAGGAGAGAGAGAACCUUGGGAUGCUUGUGUGGUCACCAAACCAAAAUCUGUCUGAAGCUAAAUUGGAUGAAUACAUUUCUGUUGCAAAGGAGAAACAUGGCUACAACAUGGAACAGGCACUUGGCAUGCUUUUCUGGCACAAACACAAUAUUGAAAAAUCAUUGGCAGAUUUACCCAACUUUACACCAUUCCCAGAUGAGUGGACUGUUGAAGACCGAGUUUUAUUUGAACAGGCUUUCAGUUUUCAUGGAAAAACAUUUCAUAGAAUCCAGCAAAUGCUUCCUGAUAAGUCUAUUGCAAGUCUAGUUAAGUUUUACUACUCCUGGAAGAAGACCAGGUCAAAAACCAGUGUCAUGGAUCGACAUGCUCGCAAACAGAAGAGAGAGCGGGAAGGAAGUGGUGAUGAAAUAGAGGAGGCAAAUGUAAAUAAUCCAGUUGAUGUUGAGAUUGAACAACAGAAAGAACCCAAGAAAGAGGUUCCAAAAAAUGACACUGUCCCUCACAUAAAGAAAGAGAAGUAUCCAUCACAAGCCAAGAAUCGUGCAAAAAGAAAUCCACCUAACGGAAUGUUUCUCUCCCAAGAAGAUGUUGCAGCAGUAUCUGCAAAUGCAAACGCUGCCACCACUGUGUUACGACAGCUGGAUAUGGAAUUGGUUUCCAUAAAACGGCAGAUUCAAAAUAUCAAACAAACAAAUAGUGCUCUCAAGGAGAAACUGCAGGGUGGAAUAGAGGAAUAUAGGCUUCCUGAGGUUAGUCAAAAGUUUAUUGCUCGUUGGACAACGGAUGAACAACUUCUUGCAGUACAAGCCAUACGGAAGUAUGGACGAGAUUUUCAGGCCAUUUCAGAUGUUAUUGGAAAUAAAUCUGUGGUGCAAGUAAAAAACUUCUUUGUAAAUUAUCGCCGUCGUUUCAACAUUGAUCAAGUUUUACAAGAGUGGGAAGCGGAACAUGGGAAGACAGAAGAAAAUGGUGAUUGCACACAAAAGUCUACAAAAUUACCAGAUGCUGCUUUCAAAAUGUCAGACGAAGAAGAGGAGGCUUCUCCUUUAGACGUCAGAUACACCUCUGAAUCAUGAGUAUAAAUGGGGACCAAGGAUUGUUACUCUUGACUACUUACGUUGCCCAGAAAAUCAGGUAUUACAAACUCAGCAUGCCAUCUGCAUCAUUUGUGGACAAGCAGCUAUUACCAAAAAGGCAAAUCCUUCCAGCCCUCCUGACAUCUGCCUUAAUCAUCUCUAGUACCUACGCACUGCUUCCACUUCUGCUAAUGAGGCCAGAGAUGGAUUACUUUAUCAGCAACUAUAAACUAUGGAUCAUGAAGCCUUUGCAAUCUGUACAUAUUCACGGAUUAUUGGAAUACUUCUAUAGCUUUAGCAACUGCCAGCUGAUAAUGGCUGUUAAAUAUUGAUACUGACUGCAUGAGUACGUCAACCUUGCUUUGGAUGUUGUAUAAUAGUUUAGCAUUAAUAUUAAAAAUUCCUGUACACGUGACAACCUUUUCUUUCUUAAAAACAAAAUAUGACUACAAAUGACGUAACAAAAAACACAGCUUGGUUGAACAGCAGUAAAAGCAUUACUUACAUUUAUAUGUGAAUGUGCUUUACUUGAUUUUUGGUAAAUCUUAUGUAUUCCUGGGUUUCGGGACUUGUAUGUAAUGUCACUUCUCUCUUUGACUUUUUUAGUAUUUGCAUUGUUUACCCAUGUUAUUUUAUUUAGCCUUCAAAUUCAUUCUUUGGUUUCUCUACGGAUAACCUUCAAGGUAUAAUUUAGUAAUUCUUUAGAUGCAUCCUUUGCAGUCAGGUAAAUAACACUCUGCUGCCUUUUUUAUACAUUGUAUUCAUUUUAUUUUUUUAAUUGUGUUUUGAAAAGUCUAAAUUUUAUGUGGGAUUUGGAACAGAUCUGCUUUGCAUGGUGAUCUUUAUGGCCAAAUUUGUGUGCAUUAUUUAGAUACCCUUAAAAUACAUAGUUAUGCAUGUUUAAAUGGUCUGUUCCAUACAUUUUAUUUGAGUGUAUAAUGUAUUUCUUACAUUUAGGGGUAACCUAUUAUUCUGUCCUUUUUAUUAAAGUUCGGUAUCAUUAUUUUUUAUUAAAUAUACAAAGGGUGUAAAAGGAUUAUGAUAAUGUUUCUUCCCCUAAUACAUCAUGUUCUGAUUUUCUACAGUAUUCAGGCUAAAUGGUCAUCGUACAUAUUGGUAAAAGGAGCCACAUUUAGAAUGCAUUUUUACCAAAAACUGACAAAACACAAUUGUUUCUUUUUUUAAAUUAAUAGCACAUUAACAUCCCCUUAUGUUCUCCAGUUUUCUGUAGUUGUUGUUUAUACCCCGCAACAUACUACACAGUGAUCAGUACAGCAUCUCAUUUUGAUCUGACCCUAUUUGACCGCCACAAAUGAUAAUAAACAUUGGGUGUAUCACUUGUAUCAACUAGCUAAAGGACGGUUUUCAGUGUUCAGAUAUUUUUGUUUUUUAUAGAUCUUUUGCAAUGCAGUUCUUAGUUGCUGAUUAUAAUAUUUACAUUAAUCACUUUAAUAUCCCUUUCUAUCUGACCUUAUGUGCCUUCAGCAUUUUUGAUUCAAGAUAAUCAGAUUAGGGUUUCUUCGCUGUUUGAUAUUUUAUCUGGUGAAGCUUGGAGUCGAAUCUCAUUCGAUCGAUUUACAACACAAUCAUUGUUUCUUGCAUUUAGAGCAAGAAUGUUUGUGGAAAAAAAUAACCAAAGAUAAUUUGGUGGAAUAAAAUAAUUGGGCAUUGCCCAAAUGGCAUAUUCUUGAGAGAACACGGACAGAUGAUGCUACAGUGUACAGAAGAUAGGCCUUUUGCAAUAUUACUUUAAAGGGAUAGUAAUUUGUAAAAAAAAAUUGAAUUGCAUAUGAGAGGGCACUCUAAAAAUGUAAACUAUUUUUAUUACUUUUUUUUUUCUUUUGAAGAUAAGAAGUGCCGAUGAGCUUGUAUCCCAUAGGAAAAAAAUUACUUUUAAUGUCCUUUUUAAAUGUGAAUUGUCACAAGGUUUAAGGCAAGAAAGUGCUGUAAGUACAUAAUGAACAUAUAAAACUUGAGAUAAUCUGAUGUAUAAAGUACUAGAGGUCAGCAUAUGAAAGUUGAUUUUGUACAAAGUUCUAUAAUUACUUCUGUCAGUUUUUUUUCUUUAAGGGAAACUAAAGCAUAAUCACAUUAGUGUGUUAUUUACCCAGUUACUAAUGCAGCUAUAGACCUUUUUUUCCCCUUUUUGUUUUUCUUAUACUCUGUCGUGAAAAACUAUUGACAUUUGAUACAUAUGUACAAGCAAGCAAAAUAGUCAUUGCGGAAAUAGUGAUGUGAUUAGAAUCUAGUAAAAGCACUAUAGAGACUUACUAUACAAUGCUUACCCAGGUUACCGCUAAUUUCUGUGUGUGUGUGUGUGUAUGUGUGUGUGUGUGUAUAUAUAUAUAUAUAUAUAUAUAUAUAUUAUUUUUCUUGUAAUUUAGUUUUGUUUUUUUGUUUUUUACAAAAGAGCUGUUUGCAUUUUAUUUGAAUGAGGGUCCACUAAAUUCUCACCUAAUACAUCUUUUAUUGUGAAAAAUAUUAAUGUGAAUGUUUUUUUUUUUAUAUAUAUAUAUAUAUUUUGGUGAGAGCGGGAAUGUGUUUCUUUAACUAUAAGUUAUUGUACAAGAUAUUCUAGCCAAAACAAACCCAUAGUUGUACCUUUUUUUUAUUUAGCACAUAUACAUUUUUGUAAAUAAAUAUGUGUAUUAAGUUUUAGCAUACACCAUGUUGUUCCUCUCUCACCACGCAAGAGACUUGAAUAUUAUAUAAUAAACCAUAAACAUUAUUUAGCCUGUGUAGCUGUUUGAGUUAGAUAUGUUAUAUAUCUCAUGGUUUUAAUUGCAUUGUAUGUAAGAUUCAUACCUGGUAUUUAUUUUGUUGAUAAGGUGCAAAUAAUGUUUAACAAAAAUUGUUUACUAAAGUAAAGCCGCCACAGGCAGUAAGGUACCGUCUGCGAUCAACAGCAGAGCUGGUUAUAACUGGUAAAAUAAUAUCAAAAUGAUCUUAGUCUGGUAGCUGCAUCUUGUAAGUGGGGAAAAUUAGUUUAUUCCAUUCAUACAUUACCUUCCUGCAGCUCAGGGAGAGCUGACCUUUCUAAUACUGAUCAGGGUAAUGUUUCUUUGAUCAAUUAAAAUGGCCUUCCUAGAAUGCUGAACAUGAACUAUCAAUUUCUUAGUUGAGAUGUUUAAGCAAAGAGCAGUGCUAAAGUAAUUGGUUUGACGGUAAAGGAAUAACCUUAAAUGUCAUGUCGCUUGAACAUAGCAAGAAGCGCGUAAAACAGGAAACCUUUAUUUUCCCAAAUAAAUUAUUUUCUCCACUUUUACAUCAAUGUUUCUAUGCGAGUUAAGCACAAUUAAAGUUAGGCUUUGUAAGAUAAAGGGUCUGCUUAGACUAUGCAUGUUGUAAAUAAUAGUGUUUACAUAUUUUAAAUUAAAUUUAUACUGGAGUGUAUACUGUUCAGUUAUGUCUGAGCAGUUUUCUUAAUUGUGCAGUUUGCUAUAAAAUUACAGGACAAGAACAACAUGCAAAGCUUGUAAAAUAAUGGGGAAGAUACAGUUAAACAUGGUGUUGUGAUAGAUGUGUUGUAUGGUUUUAUUUUAUAUAUAUAUUUUUUUGCAUACUAGGACUGCUUAGGCACUGAUGUUUUUGAUGAUUGAUUUGUUAAUAUUUUACUGUAAAAUAUAUAGUGAGAGCUGGAUUUAUUUGUGAAGCGACUACAUAAUUAAAUAUAUUCUUUAUACAUGA